AUGGCUGCGUCGGAAUCAGCAACCAAAGACAAGACAGUUGAAGAUGGCACAUCUAAGAAUGAAACAGCUUCAAGUCUGGUACGAGAACAGGAGACACAGCUAGUGGAUUUACUCUUUAGGAUUGAAAUUCAUAUUCUCAACUACAUUUACAACACCACCUUGUUUAUUAGAAAGGCAGCUUAUCUUGCGUCGCCCGUAUCAUCAAUUCAACUAUAUUACAAUACAGAUGACGAAAAAACUAAAUUAGAUCGUCUUUUAUCACUUUCCACAAAAUACUCACAAAAAGUUAAGAACUUGACUCUGUUUAAAUUAUCAUUUCGGAUUUUUUCAACAAUACACCAAUUUGUACAAGAGGAGAUUGACAGAAUCGUGCAAAUUACCACAAAGUUAUCAAACUCACAAGACUAUAUAUUGCAAUCCAUUAUCCAUGUAUUCAUAUUGAGUAAUGAAGUGCAGGACACUUUGCAAUACAUUACAAAACUAUCUGCUCUACUUAACCAUAAAUUAGCCAAUGAAACAAUAGAAAAGCCAUUUAUUAUGACUGAUAAAGAGCUAAAGCACUGGCUCGAGAUCUUGAAUAGGUACAAGUUCCCCAAGAUUGCAAAGAGCAGUGCAACUUAUCAUGAUUAUUCACAACAAUGCCGUGCAGCACACCUACCAGAGAUUGAAAUGACGCUUUACAAAUUGGCAUUGCUCAAAACAUCACAUGAAAUUCGAGUGAUGUUCUACGAUGCUGAUGACUAUUCCAAUACAAUCAUUCUGCAAAUAUCUCAAGCUGAAAAGGGUAAAAAACUUAGAAUGCUAACACCAAAUGAAAGGAAUAAUUUGCAUUUUACUAAAUGCGUAACCAGGCAAAUUGAUUUAGCCACCAAGCUUUUAAAGUUAUUUGCCCAAUACGGGGAAAUAAUUGAUAAAUUUGAAUUGAUUGAAAGGCACGAAUCGAAUAAUGUAAUUCCCUCAACUUCAAAAAUCAAUAACUUCAAGAUAUGGGAGGGAAUAGUUGAAAGGUGCAGAGAUAUCUUUUCCCCAGCGAUUGAGGCAUUAAUAUCUGGAGGUACAGAGGGUAUGACCAAAGUAACAACUUAUAGAGUUGCCCUUAAUAGCUUGGUGGACUUUCAAUUCGAAGCUUAUGCAUUAGCUUCCGAUCUUACAUACAGUUGUGUCCUGGAUAUGGAUCCCAAUGAGAAUAUGUAUGUGUUACGAGCUUUUAUUUUGGAUUAUGUUACGUGUAUGCUGAAAUGGCUUACAUCAUUGAGAGAACUUCUGGUAAUUGAUGAAAGAACGAAUCUGUUGUAUUUUAAUUACCCAUCAGACUGUAAUAUUGAUAUAGGUUUGCGUCAACACCUGCAAUUCACCAACGUAAAGGAAAGGAAGAAGGUAUUGUCAGAGCUCAUAAGCAUCCACCUCAGAAAACUUGAUAAAGAAAGCACAGAACUGGGGAUGAGAAUAUUACGCCAUAAAAAUUUAUUUACAAUCAAACUCCAAUAUUGGGACGGGAUAAUUGAAUCUAUGGGAUUGGAGUACCGCCGAAGCGAAACGACUAAAAGUUAUGUUUGGUGA